UGAAGAGUAUAAAAAAAGGUAUUUAAAAAGCUUUUUCGAUACUGUAAAUAAAUAUUGCGAAUACUUAAAAACAAAAGAAUCAGACAAUGCAGUAAAACCUAGUCAGAAAGAACCUGGACAAGGAAUAAAAUUUCCUUCGAUUGAAAGAUGA